CUGUGUUGUAUCUUCGUUCAUUCACGUUUACAAAACAUUACGAUGUCUGCCUCCUGCACACCAUCUGCCACACCAUCUCCCCACGUCGAGCCCCUUCACCACCCAGAGCAGGCCGCCCUCCAGCCACGCAAGGAGCCGUUUUCGAACGUCACCAACAAGCUGGAUAGCCAGGCAGAGCAGGUCUCUCUCGGACAAAAGGCGCUACUUGCAAACAGGAUGGCAAAGCACAACAAUCCUAAAAUGAUCUCCCCUACCGACAACUUCAUGACUCCCGUAUCGGCCAAGCUGUCACAGGUGAAGAAGAAGCACUUCGCCAAGGGAAAGCCGACCGAUCUGGCAAACAAGUUCAGCAUGCUCGCACAGUCUCCGACGACCGCGUCCUCUCAAGGGGACGCGACACCCCAAAUCACUGAAGAAGGAAGCGACAAGUCCGAGUUCGACUUUUAGAAACGACUGGACCCUUGGAACGAUUAUGCGCUACUCUCUCACACGCUCUGUCUGUCUCUCUUUAUCUCUAAAGGUGUACGACCAAGAUGUGCCAUGCGGUCAUGUCCUUGUGUACGUUGGUUCAUGUACGAAUACCACCCUAAAUUCCCACGCAUGGCAUAUCCUCCUCGCAUCACACAAUAUGCAUAUAAAACUUUUUACGAAAUGAUAUACGGGUUCGUUA